AUGAAGAUUGACACUGCUGCACAAGAAGCUCUGCAAAACCCUAGCAAUAACAAUGGAGGUGAAAGGACAAGAGUUACAAAGAAAGAAGAAAAAGAAGAGAAGCCAAAAGUGGUAGUAAUAAUUGGUCCAACUGGUUCGGGAAAAUCAAAACUAGCCAUUGAUUUAGCAGCCCACUUCCCUGUUGAAAUCAUCAACGCUGAUUCCAUGCAGGUCUACCGUGGUCUUGAUGUUCUCACCAACAAAGUUCCCUUAUCUGAUCAAAAGGGAGUGCCACAUCAUCUGUUGGGGACAAUAAGUCCACAUGUGGAAUUCACUGCUAAGGACUUUCGGGAUUCAGCUAUUCCUCUCAUCAAUGAGAUACUGUCUCGCAAUUGCUUGCCAGUUAUCGUUGGAGGUACAAAUUACUAUAUCCAGGCUCUUGUAAGUCCAUUUCUUCUAGAUGAUACAACAAAUGAUUUGGAUGAAAGCUUUCUGAAUCAUCCUUCUGGUGAUGAGCAGACUGAUCAUGCACCUGAUUCUGUGAGAGAGAGUUUCAAUUAUAGCUAUGAUUAUCUUAAAGAACUUGAUCCUGUUGCAGCAAACAGACUCCACCCAAAUAACCAAAGAAAGAUCAAUCAGUACCUAAAUUUGUAUGCUCGCUCUGGUAUCCUCCCUAGCAAACUUUAUCAGGGAAAGGCUGCAGAGAAUUGGGGUUGCCUUGAUAAUUAUAGGUUCCAUUGCUGUUUUAUAUGUGUUGAUGCCGAUAUCUCUGUACUGGACCGAUAUGUGGAACAAAGAGUAGACAGCAUGAUGGAUGCUGGAUUACUCAGUGAAGUCCAUGAGAUUUACAAUUAUAAUGUGGAUUAUACUCGAGGUUUGCGGCAAGCCAUUGGUGUGCGGGAGUUUGAUCAUUUUCUGAGAGUUUACAUGUCAGAUGAAAAAGGACACGACUCUACCGGAUCUCUUUUUGUGCUGUCAAAAAACAACGAUGUGAAAGAUAAUAUGAGAGAAAUCCUCAAUUCCUCUGAUGAUAACCAACUUAAAAUUCUGUUGGCAGAUGCUAUUGACAAAGUAAAAGCAAAUACCAGAAGACUUGUUCGUGUACAAAAGAGGAGGCUUACUCGGCUUCAAACAUUGUUUGGAUGGAAUAUACAUUAUGUUGAUGCGACAGAAUUCAUAUCAUGCAAAUCAGAUGAAUUGUGGACUGAACAAGUUGUUGAUUCCGCUGUGAAUGCUAUUAGAGCUUUUCUCACCGAGGAGGGGAUUCCAUCGCCUGAUUUGGAGACACAUGUUGAUACUCGAAUGAAAUCAGUUGAGAGGAACUUGUGGACUCAAUACAUUUGCAAGGCUUGUGGAAAUAGGGUGCUUAGAGGAGCUCAUGAAUGGGAACAGCACAAACAGGGCCGUGGGCAUAGAAAACGAAUUUCCAGGCUUCGGAAAUCACGAGGACACCAUAAUUCCUUAGCAGAGGAAGAGGUCUUCUCUAACAGUAGCUAG